AUGGAAGGGCUGAAAGUGAGAGCAUUUGUGAGAGACCAAUCAAAGAUUCCUGACGAUGUCGCUGGUUCAGUUGAACCAUUCCUUGGGGAUGUUUUGGAUCCCGUCAAGGUCACAUCAGCGCUUCAGGGUCAGGAUGCUGUGGUGGUGGCAUUGGGAACAAGAAAUGAUUUGAAUAUUCCCGAGGGUCAAGCGAGUGGCGAAUAUCAAAUAGAAGAGUCUAAGGUCCCGGUUCGGAACGUGUCAAAGCACGACCUCGGGGAAUUUUUGGUGAAAGCUGCCACUUCGGAGAAUGAAGCGUAUCGUGGGAAAACCAUGGGGAUUGGGACCUUGGGUCUCACCCGAUGAAAUGUGGAUUUCAUCGAAGCAUUCCAGUUUGGACUCGCAGACACACACACAAAAAAAAGUCUAGAGAAGAAAUGCGAAAUCUUACCUUUCAGCGCUGUGCUCGAGCCGUGAUUUUAUUUUAUAGGAAUUGACGCGUCAGCUAAAGUUGAUCAUUAUUUUUUGUUGUUUUUUUGGAUGUUUUGAUCCUCCGUAUCACGAGAUUUAGACUGUUUUAUCGAGACAUUUUUCGUUGAAUUUUACUGAGCUGAAGAAUAAACUAGAUGGGUUAA